AUGUCGGCCCAAAACCAGCGUCGUCAGAGUGCGCGGUUGAACCCGCCCAUCUUGCCUCCCGCUCCAAGUCCUCGGCAUAUUGCUGCUUCAAACACAUCUAAUGCACCUCGUCAGAAAGUAAGAAGGUCUCAAAGACGCAGUAAAGCGCAGAGAGUAAACGAGAUAUGCCAAUUCAUGCGGAAAAAAAAAAUUACAUUACGAGAAUUUAUCCAUGUCUACGCGACGACUCAAGGGUCUGGUGGUUAUGGAGAGCGCCCUGCCACGCGUGCCAAACGGCUCGCCGAGGCCGUCUACGGUCAACCAGAGGUCUUAGACGCGCUGCAAGAACACCCCGCGUCUGGUGCGACAGGAAUUGUCACUAUAAAGGGUCUGAGGAAGGAAAUGAAGGCACUGGAAGAAGCCGGAGGUAUGUUUAGUGCCUACCAAGUCGACCGUGUCCAAGAGAGAACUUCACCUGCCGGCAUGGGAAGGGAGAAAGAGCCAGAGGGACAGAAAGUCGAGGACUACGAGCGUAUACUGGGCGAUAUGCAGUUUGGGCAGAUGUACGAGCAAGUUAACACUCAUGCUCCUCUUCUAUGUGGAUUGCUUAAUGGCAUCAUGGCGCCCAAGAGAGAGAGAAAAGAUCGAUCACUACGGGACCCUGUCAAAUUCAACCACAGGAUUGCGAUAAUCACGUCGAUUCUCUGCUAUUCUCGGGCGUCGGAAGGGAGCAACAAGUUUCCCCGCGUAUUUGGUGCCUUUCUGCACUCAAAUGGCGUGAAACGGCGUAUCCUCGAUCUUCUUCACCAGUUUGGGGGAACGGUCCGUCGAUAUGGUCAGCAACUAGAUGCCUGUGUUGUGUAUGACAAUUUCGACUAUCGAGAAGGUAUUAAGCACCAGCUCAUUUCAAAUCACGCAGAAAUGCGCUCUGUGACAACGGGAAAGGUUUUCAGAGGCGCCGAUAUCCCCUCUGGUGGUUUAAAGCAGUCAAUGCUGCACCGCGAGGUUCCACUUACAAUAGAGGAUCUUCUAUACUCUCCUGGUGCAGCAGUAUAUGACGAGACCGCCGCCAAGAUUGAUACCUACUUUAUAGCGGAGGCAAUUCGAUCGGUAUAUCCACUCGCGAUCAAAUCUAUCUUCUCUACGUCCGGUAUACCUUACCCCGCUAUGCCAACAGUCGAGUUACUCGAGCUUCGAAAGACAGACAGCAAGACGCUCGGUCCGAUUCUCUUCAACGAAGGUACUCUAGAUGGCUCCUACGAGGUUAUAGAGAGCAUCUACAAGCACCAAUUCCAACUAGAUAAUAAAGAAUUCGACAACCGUCUGUUCUUGGCGUUUGGCGAUCAAAAAACCUCUUCACUUAUCCGAUCUAUGCAGGCUGAGCAAGUCGACGCGUCUAUGGCGUAUGAUAGAAAAGACUGGCUGAUAGGAGUCGCUGCUCUCUUUCACCUGCGUAUGAAUUUUCUAUGGCUCAUGCAAAAGACACAUUACGGAAACAUGGAGCAACAGGACGCUUCAACUCUCUAUCACAACAUCAACUUCUGGGGACGAAAGAAUAUUCCAGCGGACCGUGCAGCUUUUCAGGUUCUAGAAGAGCUAGUGCUUCACAGUUUCGACGCUCGAGUUGUUGGACUACUUUAUACUCGCCUCGAGCAGUACGGCAUCGAUAUCUCCGAUCAAGAGGGGGUUGACAAGGCAAUUCGGAACAUGGAUACUAGAGGGUUCAUGGAACUGGUGGAGGAUGUUCGCAGAUCCGCAUUUGAGCCGGAAGCCUGGCGACCAUCGAAGGAGAAGCAUACCAACAAUACAGUCGAUGAGGAGUUCCUUAGUCAUGCUCGAUACCUUCAACAAAUGGUUGUGUACAAGACCUUGAAGUACGGCAUCAAAAACGGAGAUAUAGGACUCAUCGACCGAGUCAUUGGUGUCUGUUGCUUUUACUUCGAGGGGACUGGACAAUCAAACUACGCAUUCGAAAUGCUCUAUCUAAAGCGGCUCACUAGCACCAAAGCUUGUGACAAGGAGCUUCGGCGCGCAAUACUCUCGAAUAGCCUCGUUAACCCGCAUGGCUGUCGGGACACCUGGCAAGAAGUCGAUCGUAGCCUUGAAUAUCUGAACCUGGAGCUGAAAAGAGAGCUUUGGGCCCGUCGAACGUCGACUUUCGGAUUGGAUGCUCUGUUCAAGACUACCUCAUUAACGGCAGAAUAUACUGUUUGUCUACGCAGGGCAGUAGAGGACGCAUUCGCCCGGAAGGGCAACUCCACACAUUCUGUGCCCUCCGCGAUGGAUGAUAUUCAUACAUUAGCCUUUGAGCUGGCAUGCGACUCGAUUAAAUUUUAUGACGGCGGCAGGGAGGCAAGACAUCAAGCACCAGACAUACAUACGAUCGGGCUCGGAAGAGUAGCAACUCAAAAAUUGGAGGUGUUUAAUGCAAAGGUCAUAAGAGAUGAAGAUCGAAUAGUCGUACCACCUUAUGAGAGGAGAGGAGCCACGGCUGAUUUAGAUCCUAAUAGCGACACGAUGGCGAUAUUGGUAUGCGCAUGCUCAUGGAGUUUCUAG